GUGCUUAACCAUGGUUAACCAACAGUGGCACUUGCUUCACUCGCUCUAUAAAUACUCGGCCAUUUGAGUGAGGAUGAAGUAACGAGGAAGUGAUUAGCUGCUUCAGUUUGGGUUGCUUUUAGAAGAUACAGAAUUUGCAGCUUCAACGAGUCUACCAGGAGGAGAUUCAUAAUGCGUCCUUCAAUUGCUUCUCUUCCUGAAAUUGAUUUUGAUUGUGCUGAUGAGGAGAUCUUUAUCUUUUUGGAGAAAAUGGCGGGUGGAUACCCUCUUCCAGGAAAUGUGAUUACUGAUGUCAACCCAUACAACUAUCCACCAUCAAAUUUACCAGAUGGAAUUUGGUACUUGAUUCACUCCAAGGAGAAUGGGGCUAUGGAAUUUGGAUGCUGGAAGGUUAAAGGGGAAGCCUGUAAGCUAUUUUCGAACUCUGACAUCACUGGUUGGAGGACAACUCUUGAAUUUUUUGAGCGUCAAGUGCACCACGAGUGUAAAACUGAUUGGGUGAUGCAAGAGUACUGGAUCACUCAGAAGGGGCCAGGUGAAAACAGCAAGUUGAAGGAAGCCAGUUCACUAUGCAGGGUCUUUCUUGGCGGUGAACAAGGUCUAGAUCAUAAAAAGCAGCAGAAAGUGUCUAGCCUCCAUAAUGCAUGUGAAAACCUCGUUCACUCAACAAAAGCAACUGUUCCAAAGGCUCGUGAUGAUGCUAGCAAUGGUUCCACAAGCAAACCUGAGGUGGAUGGAGAUGCUGAAACAGGAAACUUGGCUGUGGCAGGAGAACCUCCAUUUUAUCUGGUAGGAAACCCACCAGAAAUUGACUAUAUUUCCAGAGGAGACUUCUUGGAACUGCUAGAUCUUGAUAAUCCAGCAUCGCCUUCUUCAAGUUCGGAUGAUUCAAGUUGUUUGACCUCAUCAUCAGAUGAAUGUUUUGACUCGUUGGCUUUGCUGCAAGAACUAGAUUCUGAAAUUAACUGGCACUCUGCACAGAAGAAUGAAAGUUGCAAGUUCAGUGUCUCUGCAUCCUUCAGACCAAAUGAGGUGGUUAUGGCUCCAAUAUCUCCAGGAACUUCUUUUAGCAUUGAAGAAAGCAAGCCACCUACUGAAGAACUUGUUGGAACUAAUCCAUCCGUACUACCCACUUUGGCUAAUGACUCUAAUGAUCUAGAUAAUAGAGUUUUACAGCAUACAGUCAGAAACCACAAUGCAGAUAACACGGCCGGAGGUCCAUCAAAUUCUAGUGAUGUAGGCACAUCAUCCAGUUGCCAGCUUCCGUCUCGAGAUGGAAAAAGGAAAGUUUCCAAGUUGAGGACGAAGAAACACAAGAAGUAUCUGUGCUUCAUCCCAUUUUCCUUCCUCUUCUAAUAUCACAAUGAUAGCUUCAUAGCUUAUGUACGUUAAGUAAAUAAUUUUAUCAUUAUUAUCAGGUGGGUUAGUGUUAUUCUGUGCUUACUUUAGUAUAUCCCAAAAGUGAAAGGUUAGGGACAGAAGACUAUAUAUAGGGAGGUCAUUAUGGUUUACUUUCUUUUCAGCUGACUAAUGAAUUUCAGAUAGGACGCUGAAGCAGCAAUAGCAUUCUGAUAUUGAAGAAAGAGAUUGGAUAUUGAUUGUUAUUUGUAAGGAUAAAUGCAUCCUUUGCAUUAUACUCUUAUAAGUUGUAAGCUUUCUGUUCAUGUAUUGAAGGCAACAUUUGUAAUAGAACAUAACUACUAUUUUGUUUA